AUGUUCGCCUUCGCCUCCGAGUUUCUAGACGAUAUGAAGAGACAAUUAAUGUCGCUGGGGAAGGAUAGAUACUCAUUACCGCGUACUUACAAACGGGUUUCUUAUGCACAAGAAAAAGCAAGAUCUGAGUUGAGAAAAUUUGGAUGGGACACUCUAGGAUAUGCCGAAUCGUUCAAACUUCCACCUCCAAAAGAUACCAUUCAACGAAUUGAUGGAAAGACAAUUUCCGUAGAAGAAUUCCGGCGAGACUUCGAAAGACCGCGAGUCCCUGUCAUUUUGACAGGAUUGACAGAGGAUUGGGCUGCGAACGAAAAAUGGACUCUUGAUCGCCUAUCAAAGAAAUACCGUAACCAAAAUUUCAAGUGCGGAGAAGAUGAUCACGGAAACUCGAGAAGGAAAACGAAGAAACUAUCAGAAGACUACAAGGUUCCAAAGUUCUUUGAAGACGACCUCUUCAAUUACGCCGAUAGUAAGAAGCGACCGCCGCAUCGAUGGUUCGUGAUGGGACCUGAUCGUUCUGGAACUUCUAUUCAUAUCGAUCCACUCGGAACAAGUGCCUGGAACUCGUUGCUCGUGGGAUAUAAAAGAUGGGUGUUGAUUCCUCCCAACACACCUCGUGACUACGUCAAACCAAUGUCGCAUGAAAAAGGAAAACACCCCAAUGAAGGAAUAACGUGGUUUCGAACUGUCUAUAACAGAGUCCGUAGUCAUAGUUGGCCACAAGAAUAUGCCCCAAUCGAAUGUCGUCAAGGUCCGGGUGAGACUAUGUUCGUGCCAUCUGGCUGGUGGCAUGUUGUCAUCAAUGAAGGAUUCACUGUUGCCGUUACUCACAAUUACUGCUCUGUUGAAAAUUUGCAUCUCGUCUGGCCUAAAACAGUGAAAGGCAGACCGAAAUUGAGCAAACACUGGCGUAAAAGACUCGCCGCAGAACGUCCCGAAGUUCUAGAAAUUAUAAAUUCUUCUUCGGCCGCACCACUAUAUAACUUGAAUGAAUCGUCGAGCGACUCUUCCAGUUCUUCCUCUUCUUCCUCAGACUCAUCUGAUUCUGAUACAGAUGAUGAGGAUAGUGGACGUUGUGGGAUUGGCGGUCGAAAGAGACGAAAUGAUGAGCGCACUAACUUGUCUCCUCCAUCACCAUAUCCGGUUUCUGGUACUUCUUGUGAAAUGACAGAUGACUCAACAAGUGCUUCUCUCUUUGGGCAAGGGCAGUAUGCAGCAUCUGCUCCUGGAAUUCCAGCUUCUCCUGGUUGGCCGGGUGUUCCCAUUGGUCCAGGCAUUCCUGGUUUUCCUGGUGGUCCUGCUGGUCCUGGCAACCCAUCUGGUCCUUCUUCAGCAACUCCAGGUGGACCCUGUUUUCCAGGUGCUCCGCGUGGUCCUGGGAAUCCAGCUGGUCCCGGCUCGCCGAGGGCUCCCUGGUCUCCAGCUGGUCCCGGUGGUCCUGGCCGUCCCACAUUUCCAGAUCUUCCAGGAAUUCCAUCUCUUCCUUGUGGUCCAGGUUCUCCAACUGCUCCUGGUUCUCCACGUGGUCCGGGGGCUGGAAAUAACAAUGAAGAUGGAUACAAAUAA